UUUAACUAGCAGAGCCGGCCGGCUUGUUACUUCGCGGGAGACCGCCGGCUGAGACACACGUGGUGAACAGGAAUAACGAAAAUGGCCAAAGUUGAAGUUAAAUACACUAAGUUGUUCAUCAACAACGAAUGGGUGGAUGCCGUCAGCAAGAAGACCUUCCCCACCAUCAACCCUGUUGAUGAGACCGUCAUCGCUCAAGUGGCCGAAGGUGAUAAGGCUGACAUCGACUUGGCCGUAGCAGCCGCCAAAAAGGCGUUCCACCGCUAUUCAGAAUGGCGCACCAUGGACGCUUCCCAAAGAGGCCGUCUGCUGCUCAAACUAGCCGACCUCGUGGACAGAGACGCCAAGUACUUGGGCCAGCUCGAGACCUUGGACAACGGCAAGCCAGUGAAGCAGGCUGAAACCGAAGCGCUAUGGUCAGCCAGUGUCCUGAGAUACUUCGCCGGCAAAGCCGACAAAAUCUUCGGGCAGACCAUCCCUGCUGACGGUGAAGUGGUCACUUUUACACUAAAGGAACCCGUUGGUGUGUGCGGUCAAAUCCUGCCAUGGAACUACCCCAUCCCCAUGUUUGUAUGGAAAAUCGCACCCGUCUUAGCCUCUGGUUGCACCACCGUUAUUAAGCCAGCAGAACAGACCCCGCUGACUGCGCUGGCUAUGGCUGCGCUCAUCAAGGAAGCCGGCGUCCCCGCAGGUGUCAUCAACGUCGUCCCCGGCUACGGACCCACCGCUGGUGGUGCCCUGACCCACCACCCCGAUGUUGACAAGAUUGCUUUCACUGGAUCCACUGAGGUUGGACGUAUCAUCAUGAAUGCAGCUGCUGCCGUCAACCUCAAGCGCAUCACUCUUGAGCUCGGUGGCAAGAGCCCUCUUGUGGUCUUCAACGAUGCUGACGUUGACAAGGCAGCUGAUAUCGCUCACCGUGCUGCUUUCGCCAACGCUGGUCAGUGCUGCGUGGCCGGAACCAGGACCUACGUCCAGUCUGGUAUCUACGACAAGUUCGUCGCUAAGUCCGCCGAAAUUGCCAAGAAGAGGACCGUCGGCAACCCUUACACUGAUGUGGAACAGGGACCUCAGAUCGACAAGGAGAUGUUCGACAAAGUGAUGGGCUACAUCGACGCCGGAAAGAAGGGUGGUGCCAGGUGCAUCGCUGGUGGUGAGCGCCAAGGCAAGGUGGGCUUCUUCGUCCAACCCACCGUCUUCGCUGACGUCAAGGAUGACAUGAAAAUCUCCAGGGAAGAGAUCUUCGGGCCCGUGCAAAGCAUCCACAAGUUCGAGACCUUCGAGGAGGUCGUGGACCGCGCCAACAACUCCAACUACGGCCUGGGCGCUGGUGUAAUCACCAAUGACAUCACCACCGCCAUGGCUUUCAUCAAGCAUGUGCGAGCUGGUUCCAUGUGGGUGAACACCUACGAGCACGUCACUCCUCAGACACCAUUCGGUGGAUUCAAGGAGUCUGGAAUUGGCCGUGAAUUGGGUGAAGACGGUAUCUCCGCAUACCUAGAGAACAAGACUGUGUCCUUCAGCCUCCCCAAGAAGCCCUUGCUGUAAACACAAUACAGUAAUACUGACUGAUACCAAAACCUAUCCAUAUUUACACAUUAUUUUUUUUAAAUAAAACUUUACAUUUUA